CUCAUUUCAACUGUGAACGUCGAGUCUUCGACAUUUCAACGGUGAACUUCGAAUCUUCGACAUUUCAACGGUGAACCAUUACUGUUUGAGAGCCAUGCCUUACAAGUUAAGAACAAGAUUAGUAAGGACUCCUGAGCGUCCGUCCUCCAGUAGAAAUCUGGUCUGUCAGACAGUAGAUCCCAUCCAGGACAUUUCAACGGUGAACCAUUACCGUUUGAGAGCCAUGCCUUACAAUUUAAGAACAAGAUUAGUAAGGACUCCUGAGCGUCCGUCCUCCAGUAGAAAUCUGGUCUGUCAGACAGUAGAUCCCAUCCAGGACAUUUCAACGGUGAACCAUUACCGUUUGAGAGCCAUGCCUUACAAUUUAAGAACAAUAUUAGUAAGGACUCCUGAGCGUCCGUCCUCCAGUAGAAAUCUGGUCUGUCAGACAGUAGAUCCCAUCCAGGACAUUUCAACGGUGAACCAUUACCAUUUGAGAGCCAUGCCUUACAAUUUAAGAACAAGAUUAGUAAGGACUCCUGAGCGUCCGUCCUCCAGCAGAAAUCUGGUCUGUCAGACAGUAGAUCCCAUCCAGGACAUGCUGGACAACAGGUCAGGUGGAAACCAGAGGGCCACCAAGAGAAAGUCUGACGAGAGCCAUGAAAGAGCCAUCAAGACUAGCAGGACAAGUCAAUGUCCCUCCGAGGGCUUCAGACCGUCAUUCAGCAGAGGAAACUUUAACUCCGCUGAGGAUGCUGGGACAUCGACACCCGCCUGCGCCAGCAUUAGCUCCAAAUCUGAGGAGAAGAAGGGCAGGAAGAGGAGGUUCGAGGACACAGAAGCAUACGGGAAGAGGAAAAGAACGUUCAUGAGUCCCAAUGAGGGCACCAGCUACCAGGCCACCACUGAGACCACCCCUGAGGCCAUCUCUGAGACCAUCCCUGACGCCAUCCCUGAGGCCACCCCUGAAACCUCCUUCAGGUCCGGAUCUGAUACCUUCAUCAGCACCAACUCUGAGGAGAAGAAGGGCAGGAAGAGGAAGUCUGAGGACACAGGAGAAUACGGGAAGAGGAGAAAAACGCCCCUCAGUUCCGGUACGGACACCAGCUACCAGGGCACCAAUGAUACCACCACUGAGUCCACCCCUGAGACCAUCCCUGAGACCAUCCCUGAGACCACCUCCAGUGAUGAAUUUGACACCUCCUCCACACAAAACAGUAGAGGAACCUUUUACCCUACUGGGGAUGCUGGGAAAUCGGCACCCGCCAGCACCAAAUCUGAGGAGAAGAAGGGCAGGAAGAGGAAGUCUGAGGAAACAAAAGCAUCCGGGGAGAGGACAAGAACGUUCCUACGUCCGAGUGAGGGCACCAGCCACCAGGCCACCACUGAAACCACCCUUGAGCCCAUCCCUGAGGCCUCCUUCAGUUACGGAUCUGACACCUUCUUCUCAGAAGACAGCGGAGAAAUUUUUGACUCCGCUGAGGAUACCGUGUCAUGGAUACCCGCCAGCACUGACUCUGAGGAGAAGAAGAGCAGGAAGAGGAAGUCUGAGGACACAGGAGACUACGGGAAGAGUGCGGGCACCAGCUACCCCUGGUACCAGGCACCCCUGCGCUACCUCUCGAACCCAUUUCCUUCUCUUUUUAAUCUCUUUUUUCCAUCCAUCCCUGAGACCAUCCCUGAGACCAUCCCUAAGGCCAUCCCUGAGACCAUCCCUGAGGCCACCGCUGAGACCAUCCCUGAGGCCACCGCUGAGACCAUCCCUGAGGCCAUCCCUGAGACCAUCCCUGAGGCCAUCCCUGAGACCAUCCCUGAGGCCAUCCCUGAGACCAUCCCUGAGGCCAUCCCUGAGACCAUCCCUGAGGCCAUCCCUGAGACCAUCCCUGAGGCCACCGCUGAGACCAUCCCUGAGGCCACCAGUAGCGACUCUGACAUCACCUUCCCAGAAGUCACUCUGUUUCACAACAGAGCUGACUUUGAGGCGAAAUAUGAGGAAGAGGGAAUGCUGGGUGAAGGAAGCUUCGGAGCAGUCUUUGCUGGCCACCGCAAGGACGACCAUCUGCCUGUGGCCAUAAAGCGUAUCCGCGAGUUUCUUUACACAACAGUGGAUUUGGAUGGGGAAGUUACAGAUCUCCCUACAGAGGUGGCACUGCUGCUGUACCUCAAUCAAGCAGGAGCAGGAACCAGUGCCGUGGUGGGCCUGCUGGACUGGUACAAUCUGGACAAUGAGCUGAUUCUCGUCCUAGAGAGACCCGUCCCCUGCAUGGAUCUCUAUGACUAUUUGGGGUCCAUACAGUCAUCAAUACAGGAGGACAUGGGCCGGAUCAUAACAAAACAACUGGUGGAAGGUCUCCAAGAGGUCCACUCCGGAGAAGUUUUCCACAGGGACAUCAAGAUGGAAAACAUCCUCAUCGAAACCGGUUCUGAUGUCCCACGUGUCUGGAUCAUUGACUUUGGCUCUGGCGAAUUUCUGACAGGGGAGAGGUACACUGAAAAUGAAGGUACCCUGGUAUACACUACUCCUGAGUAUAUCCGGCGUGGGUGGUCCACGCCUGAAGCUACCACUGUGUGGCAGCUCGGUGCGGUGCUGUUUGAGAUGCUGCAUGAUGGGGUGACCCCCUUCCGUACCUCCCGUGACAUCAUCAAUGCAGUCCCUGACAUCCGUGACACUCUUUCCUACAAUUGCCAAGAUUUUAUAGCACGCUGUAUGGACAAGAGCCCAGAGGCCCGACCCACCCUGGAGACUCUUAAGCACCACCCCUGGCUCGUGUGAGCUGUGGUCCUGAGGGAUCCAGUCUGAUGUGAUACAGACUGGACCUCUCGGACCACGGAUGGAUCCCUGAAGACCACGGAAGGACCUCGUCCAGGGUUAACGCUGCUGUAGUCCCCAUAUGUGGCUCCCAUUGCACUUUCUCUUGAAGCAGUAG